AUGAGUCCGCUCAUAUACCAAUGCUCGAUUUGCGCAACGGCAAUUCUCCCAGAAGCAAAUGACCCCAACAAUUGGCAAUCGAAAUGGAAAGCCUUACGAUAUGGAGACGUUCUUCAGGACGUCCCGUACUCGAAACCUCUGCUGGACAGCGAGGAUGACGAGGACGAUCUGGACUUCGGAAAUGCUCAUCGUUUUCAUACAGCUUGUCUCGACUUGCUGCAAGCUCGCUUGGGCGACCAAUUCUUACCGAUCGAGCGUCUACAUGAUAUAUGUGCUUCCUUACCAAAGGAUAUAGUGCCGAAUUGUGUGGCAUGGGAGCACGGUUUUGGUGUGCCUCUGUCUGAGAACCACAACGACGGCAGCACCCCAUUCCCCUGGGAAGGCAAUCGCAUGAGGAAUUUAACGGGAGGCACUUGGCUAUCAUAUGACCCUCUCAAUGUUCCAGGACUUCCUACCGGUAAAUGGGACGAAUCAAUCAUUGCUACGCUGCCGGGGAAACGGGAAACACAUGCCAGAAUUUCGUCAAUCCACGAGGGAAAGCCCUUCUCUGCUUUACCUGUAGAGGUACUCGAGAUGAUCGCUGGUCACCUCUCAACGAAGGACGUCUUCUCGCUUCGCUUGUGCUCAAGCGCAUUCGGCUCAAUCAUUUACAGCAGCAAUUUCUGGAGAACGCGCUUCGACGACCAAGGGGAACGCAGUUACUGCUUCGAAGCGCAAGGCUUGCAUUCUGUCCAGAGCCUUGUUGCGGCCUACAAAAUGACUAGCACGGUUCAGGAUUCGCCUCAUAUACGCAGCAGACGGCGUAUUUGGGGACUCGUAUCCCACAUCUCUGACUUGAUCGGCCUUCGCUGCUCAGAUAAAGCGAUAUCACCGAACAUACCUGCGAAAGCAGACGAACGAGAAUGGCUGCACGUCUCAGGAGACAUGUAUCCCAAUGAGCAUAGAAUGGACAAUGGGACGGGAUGCAAGCUUUUGCGCAGUUUCCAGGUCUCGGUAGUAGAGUUGACUCGGAUAGAGAUUUUCACCUGCACGACUGGACCGGUCGCUUACAUUUGCGGCAUGCAUCUCCAAAACGGUGAUUCUUCCCAAACCAUUGGUUAUUGCAAUUCGGGGAAAUCCACGAGCGUCGAUGCUACUGGUCUUGCGGGAUUCAUUGUUGCCGUGGGAUCCCGGGGUAUUCACGCUCUAAAAGUCGUGUACCAAGAUGGUCGUCGAUCAACUUGGGUUGGUCGCCCUGACUCAUGUCUGUUGACCGAACGAUUAAACGUCCAACCUCCGAUAUUAGCCCUGCAAGCUGAUUUCGAUGGCUUCAAAAUGAUUCAGCUUGGUGUUUGUGUGAGGCGGAAGAAGGGACAGGGCGCGAGAGACUUGAAACAGUAUGGUCUGUGGUAUCCUGGCCUCUCGCCGAAGGACCUCCUUCUGAACCAGAGCACGUUCACUGCGUCCCCGGAGAAGUACAUGUCGUUUGAGCCUUUAUAUUGGGUCAAAUUUGGCACGAAAAGGGAUGGUGUGGCUGGGACGAGGAAGGUGACACUUCGCGGAGAACAUGGUAUCAGAGAGGAUUGCCCGCAACAGAUAUCAAUCACAUGGCUCGAUGAUGAUUCUGUCGAGCAAACCUCGGAGCUUAGCCACAGUUGUGGGGAAGUUGAAACGCAGAUGACAGUCAAUGGAGCCGCUGGUGAGGUCAUAGAAAAGCUGGAUCUCUCUAUGGCGCCGUUCGUCAAGGCUCGGUCAAGUGUCAAAGUCGAUCACUAUUAUCGUCUUCUCGAAUAUGGCGAGUUGGAUUUCCUCCGCAUUACCACGAGCUCUGGCAAUUCCGUAUGCAUUGGCGAGGAAGGUCCUGAGCACACUAGACGGUGCUUGAAAGCACCAGCUGGAGAGACCAUCACAGGCUUCUAUGCUUGCCGACAUCCAACAAAUACCGUCGUGAACGUCGGAAUCAUCACCGAGCGCUUAGCACCAACCCCAAAACCGUCGUCACCCACCAAACAGAACAAGACGGCAUCAAAGUCAACCCGAAAUGGAAGGAAGCGUCGCAAGACUAAACGUUGA